CCAUGCAUGGCUCAUUAGAUCUGCCCAAGGGAGGCAGUAUCAUACUUACUUCAGCCAUGAGGACUCUGACACUCAGAGAGGCCAUGUGACUUGCCCAGGGCUACAUGUCGAGGAUACAGCCAGACUGGGGUCUGAGCCAAGGACAGCAAGGAUGGCACUCAGAAGAUCAGAGCCCAGAAGGAACUUGGAGCUCAUUUAAUUCAGUCCCUCACUUUUUCAGAUUGGGAGACUGAGGCCAAGAGACCAGCAGGUUCUGCUACAUUGUGACCAUGGGGAAAUCACAGUCUCUCCCUGGGCUUUGAUAUCUCCCUCUGGUGGAAAAGAAACAGAGCCCCCUCCUGCCAAGGCUUCGGGACUUUCCCACUGUUGGCAUGGCUCCUGGAUCAGAACACAGCAAAUUUCCCAACUGGGUGAGAAGACAGGUCUGCAGGCAGCUGGUAUUUGGAGGAGCCCACAGCACUGUUGGCAUCAAAGAGCUAAAUACAACACUGGCUGGGCAGUGGCAGCCAGGAGGAAGGAUGUUGACAGACCCUAAAGGAGGAGAAGAUGCCCCGUCAGCUUGGGCUCCAUCAGGAAGAAGGCAGUCCCUCUGAAGGCAUGGGUCCUUCCCAUCACUGAAACAUGAGUGAGAGAGCACCCAGAGAACUUGGCAGGGAGAGAAAUCAGCAGAGUUGCUGAACCCAGAAAAUGAAAGGGGAGCCCUUCCCUGGGUAAUGAGUAGCCUGGGCAAGCAGCAUGCUGCAGAAAAUAUUGGAAAAGUCAGCUCUUUCUAGUGAUGUGGUAGAGUGAUAUCACUUAGUAGAACCUGAAACAAGAGCAGAAGAAGAAGUAAUGACGUAGGAAUCUUAAGCGAUCAUCUAAGAUCUGAUGCUCAAAAGAUACUGUAGGACGUGGAGCAGAGAAGGAACAGUAGCUCUUUCAAGGCACUUAUCAUAGCUAUAACUAAUCAUUAACCAAGUGAUUGGCUUUUAAAAAAAUAUUUUUUUAUUUAUUUGGCUCUUCUGGGUCUCAGUUGCCACAUAGGGAAUCUUCGUCUUAGUAUCUGGGAUCUAGUCCCCUGACCAGGGAUUGAAUUCAGGCCCUCUGCACUGGGAGUACAGAGUCUUAACCACUGGACCACCAGGGAAAUCCUAUGUGGUUUGCUUUUAAACCCACCAUCCUUCUACUAGAAUUUAAGCCUUGUAAAGGCAGGGACCUUAUGUGCCUUAUUUACCUUCUCACGGCCUUGUGCAUUGUAGGUACUUACUAAAUACAUUAUGGAAGAAGGAAGGAGUAAAUUGUGGGUUAAGAUGGAAGAAUGAUAGCCCCAGUCCUUCAAACUCAGUCAUAAAUGAUUUGGAUUGCAAUCAUUGUAGAGUGAACUAUACAGAAUUCUCCUUCCAAACUUCUGUUUUAUCUAGUUUCCAGAUGCUCUGACUGCCUGUCACCCUGGCAUAUAGCUCUCUCCCACCAUGUAUGCCUCAGCCUGUAAUGGGUCAAAAGACUCUUCACCCAUCUUCUACCUGGUGGGCAUCCCCUCUCUACAGGAUGUCUUCUUUCUCCCUGUCUUCUUCACCUUCUUGUCCUUUUACCUGCUUAUCCUGGUGGGUAAUGCCCUGAUCCUGGUGGCCAUGGUGAUAGAGCCUAGACUCCAUAAACCCAUGUACUUCUUCCUGAUUAACCUCUCAGCCCUGGACAUCCUCUUCACCACAUCCACUGUCCCCAAGAUGCUAUCCCUCCUCUUACUUGGGGACCACUACCUCAGCUUCUCUGCCUGCUUCCUGCAGAUGUGCCUUUUCCAUGGCCUUAACUGCUCUGAAGCCUUCAUCCUGGUGGUCAUGGCCUAUGACCGCUAUGUGGCUGUCUGCCGCCCACUGCACUACCCUGUACUCAUGACCCCACAGACCAGUGCUGCCCUGGCAGCCAGUGCCUGGCUCACUGCCCUCCUUCUGCCCAUCCCAGCAGUGGUGCAGACCUCCCACAUGACUUUUGACAGCACUGUUUACAUAUACAACUGCUUCUGUGACCACUUAGCUGUGGUCCAAGCCUCCUGCUCUGACACCACCCCCCAGACCUUCAUGGGCUUCUGCAUCGCCAUGGUGGUAUCCUUCCUGCCCCUUCUCCUGGUGCUUCUCUCCUAUGCCCACAUUCUGGCCUCAGUGCUUCGCAUCAGCUCCCGAGAAGGACGCUCCAAAGCCUUCUCCACUUGCAGCUCCCACCUCCUGGUGGUUGGCACUUACUACUCAUCCAUUGCCAUAGCCUAUGUGGCCUACAGGGCUGACCUACCCCUUGACUUCCACAUAGUGGGCAAUGUGGUGUUUGCUAUUCUCACACCUGUCCUCAACCCUCUCAUCUACACGCUGAGGAACAAGGAUGUCAAAGCAGCCAUCACCAAAAUAGCAUGUCCUCAAGACCUAGGGCAUCAUGAGGACCUUUGAUCCUUAGAUAUAGUUAAUCCUGCACCCAGGAUACCUGUGUGUUAAGAAGAGAGAAUGCCAUAAAAAAAUUUUUUUGAAGGAAAGAAUGACUUAUAGCAAGACCAAAAAUGCACUAUUGGAGCUUCCCUUUCCAAAAUUAAUGAAAAGCUAAGUAAUGAAAUCAAUCCUUUUGUGGAAAGAAAUAAGAAUGUCAGAUACAGUGUGUAAAGUAUCUUCUUAAAAGUAUCAAUUAGAUUUUUUAACAUAAUAGGUCUAAAGUAAGAAUAAAGACAGGAAUGCAGACAAAGUAGUUAUUAAGACAUAGAUGGACAUGUAGAUCAAUGAAACACAGCAGAGAGCCCAGAAACAGACCCUUGAAUAGAUGGGCAAUUGAUAUAUAAGUGACACUGUAGGUCAGUGUAUGAUAGUAUUAUAACUAUCAGAUAUCCACUUGUCAAAAGAUGAAAUUUGUCUCUUACCUCAAACAUACAUAAAAAUUAAUCCCAGAGUCCUUAAAAAACUGGAAAUAGAACUGCCAUAUGACCCAGCAAUCCCACUCCUGGGCAUACACACCAAGGAAACCAGAUCUGAAAGAGACA